AGAAGCCACACAGGUUUAAUAUAGGAGGACCCCUCUUUGAGAACCUGUGCUAGAAUCUUUAUUCUUGAAAAGCACCUACUGUACCCUGAUGAUAACAGAAAGAACUCCGAUAACUAGGAGAGCAGGAUUGACUUUGGGGAGAGACCUGGCAUGAACAGAUCAGUUUAACAACUUUCUGUCUGCUUUUGUGAAGUUUAUUUGACAGUCCAAAUUCAAAUCUAUUUAUACUGAUUAAGGUGUUUUGUUUUAUUCUCAUUGUAUAACACUUAGAAAUGUGCACUGAGCUCUGAGUAUAUAUUGACCUGAAUGAAACCUUAACAGAUAGCCCUGGUACAGUUCAUCUCUUCUUUGGGUUUUGUCUUCAGUUCAUCACAAGCAUUUUCUCAUAUUCAACCUCUGUUAGGUUUCUCUUUAAAUCUCCUCCUCCUCCUCCUCACUGAGCACAGAGACUCUUUCACUUUCGAUUCUUCACUAGUUACUUCCUUGUCUGCCUGACUGAUUCUCUCUGCCUGUCUCUCCUCAAACUGACUAUGGCUGAAGCCCAGUGGUUUGGAUUAUAGGAUGAUUUCACCUGCUCGAUUUAUCUAGACACCCUUAGUGAACUCAUCUCGAUCCCCUGUGGACGUAAUUUCUGUCUGCAGUGCCUCACAGACUGCUAGGAUCAGAGCCAAGAGUGAAGCUGUCCUCAGCGCAGUCACACCUUCACAACAAGGCCAGAGCUGCACAAAAACACCCUGCUGAAUGAAGUCAUCAGGAAAUUAAAAAAGACAGCAAUCAGUCCUCAUCCUGCUCCUCAGUCUCAAAAUUAUCCUGGAGACAUGGAAUGUGACGCCUGUACUGGGAAGAAGUUCUUAGCAGUGAAGUCCUGUCUAACCUGCAUGGCCUCUUUCUGUCAGACUCACCUUCAGCCCCACUUUCAAAUAGCGGCCUGGAAAGACCACAAGCUGACUGAUCCUGAUGGACAUCUACAGGAGAAACUCUGUGCAACACAUCAGAAAAGUCUGGAAAUAUUUUGUAAAACUGAUGAGACGUGUAUCUGCCUGGUCUGUGUGGUGACUGGACACAAAGGUCAUGAAAUGGUUGAGCUGGAAUCAGAAAGAAGGGAAAAACAGAAACAGCUGGGGACAACACUGAGUGAAAUCAGGAGAAGACUUGAAAAGAGGGAAAAUACACUGAAAGAGACAAGGAGAGCACUGGAGCAGAUAAAGAUUUCUGCAGAAAGACAGGUGCAGGAACACGAGAAGAACUUCACGGAUCUGAUUCGCUGUAUUCAGAAAACCCGCAGGAAACUGACUGAGAGGAUCAGAGAACAUGAAAAUAGAGAAAGAGAGAAGGCUAAAGUAGUCAUGGAACGACUAGAGAAGGAGAUUGAGGAGCUGAAGAGAAGAAAUGCUGAGCUGAAGGAGCUUUCAGAGACCAAGGACAACGUCCACUUCCUACAGACCUUCUCAUCUUGCUGUGUCCUUCCUGCUGAUGGAGACUCGACCAGCUUCACUGUCACUGCUGAUUUCUCUUUUGAGGACCUGAGAAAAAAGGUGUCCAGUCUGAAAAAGAAUCUGGAGAAGAUGAGCCAGUGGGACAUCCUGACAUGCACUCCACCAGGUAGUGAAGUUUCAAGAUUCGUCCUGUUGCCUCCUGACCCUCAGAGCAGAGAGGAGUUCUUACAAUGUGAGUUUCUGCUUUGAUUGAAUUUGUAAUCACAUCAGAAGUUGUUCCUCUUUGUAUGAACCCCACCAUAAUUCUGAUAUGAAGGUGUAACCAGCAGACAACGCUCUGUGCAAAUUGUGUGACCGAUUAGCUGAAACUGCUGCUGGUCCUGUGACUGGGGCAUCCUGGGAAAGAGUGGUUCAAAUCAGGGCACCACCCAAGAGAGUUCAAUGGACCUGAAUCAUUUUAAGCAUCGCGUGAUCACACUAACAGGAAAUAUAAACUAAAAAAAAAGUGUCAGGGUCUUGCCAACCACACCAGGACUACCUGCCAUACAAAUGCAAAGUCCCACUCACAUUAGACAUCCAUUUUUGUGCCCUUUUUUUUUUCUUUUCACUUUUUUGCCCUGUUAAGUCUCCUUCUUUUCUAUUUUACUCACUCCUUUUUGUAAUUUUUUCUUAUUCACUAUAUGUUUUACUAAAAAACUUCAUUUUGCUAAGAUAUAUAGCGGCAUAACAAAAGAGAGAAUGUAAUUUCUGACUUGACCUAUGAGUCUUUAAGAUAUGGAGGUGGGGGAACUGAGGAAAUAAAGAAAAAAUACAUGCAAAACUAAUUCAGAUGUGGAAAAUAUUUGAAUUUAGUAAAGUUCUGUGAAGUCUGGUUGGUCUGCUAUGCUUCUAAAACUUUCCUGUGGAGGCCAAAAUCAUGACAAUGAAAGAGAACCAGUAGGCACAAACACAAACAUGGCUGUGACAAAAACUUUGGUUCAGACUGUUUAAAGAAUACUUCACUGUCUGCUGUUUACCACAUGUUCUUUGAAUUGUUGGAUGAGAAUAUUCACCUUUAGACUAUCCUGGAGAAAACAGAUCACAAAAUACCUGAUACAAUGGGCGUCACUGGGGAUCCAGUCAGUCAUUUUCUAACCCAUUUAGUCCUGAAAAGGAUUGUGGGGGUCUUCUAGAGCUUUUCCUAGCUAGCAUAGGGUGUAAGGCAGGAACAAAUCGUGGUCAGACACCAAUCCAUCACAGGGUGAAUACACAUACACACACACACACACACACACACACACACACACAACCCAACCUCAUGCUAGGGUCAUUUUAGGAUUUCCAGUUUACCUAAUCUGCACGUCUUUGGACCAUGGGAGGAAACUGGAGCACCCGGUAAUCUCAAAUAUUUAUGUUGUAUAAUCCAAAUAUCAAAUAUCCAAUCAUAUGUUCAAAACAUCCCAAACACGUUCAUUUUUGGAUAAAAAAUUAUUAAAUUAACACUUUGAUCGUAUGCUUUUUUUGCCUCCUCAUAGAAUUCCAGCAUGUUAGUAAAA